AUGUCUCUCUCGUCCUGCUUCGGCUCCCGUAAACGCGACGAGGACCAGCGCCCGCUGCUACCUCAAUAUCGCGAUGACACGCAAUUGCAACGCGAGGUUCAUCAGAAGCUCCAUACAUACCAAAUGCUGCGGGCCAUGUCAAUGGGUUACAUGCCAUCAAACGAGCAGGUUAUCAUCAACCUCCGAAGCUUGUUAUCCGCCGACAUUCUGAAUCCUGAAAACACAGAUCUGACCGACUCUGGAAGACUACUGGUCAAGUUCACGAAACAAUGGCUUCAUGAUUUCAUUGGGUUGCUGAGCAACAAGAACAGUGAAGAUCAGAUCCAAGACUUCAUUUGGUACCUCAGCAAAGCCAGGGUUUCAGUGGACGUUUCAGACAUGGCCCGUAGGACCACUAGGUCAAAAGCCAAAGCUGAUGCUACCGCAGCUUACCACAGUCUGCAGACAGUGGGAUCUUUGCUACUCACCAACUCCGAUUUCCGGAUCUUCCUCUCAGACUUGGAGACAGUCGGCCGCGAAGUGUUCAGGGACACGGCCUUUACCCUAUCAAAUGUAUCAAAAAAGGCCGCCAAAAAGAUUGAACCUUCCCAGCAAGAGCAGAAGAAGCUGAAGGAACCGGGUGCGGAUGAGGGUCCGGCGCCAACCGCCGAGGAUCUCAACGGUGAAGUCCAAGAGGUCGCUUCUGUCAUCGGUGAUGGUGCACUCAAGGUGGCCAAGCGAGCCGAUGUGAGCUUAGCACAGAAGCUACAGGGCGACGAGGGCGAGUCACUCCUUUUCAGGCUGAAGAAGACAGUUACCAACCUGAGACAAAAGAGGGACUACAACGAAUCGGUAUCGGUGCUGGCAUUGUUACUCAAGCGUUAUGCUCUGGCAUAUUCUCGUACUGUGGAAGACGCAAUGGGCACCAUACAGGAGGACGUUGAGCCCAAUCCAGCAAUGGAGAGGGCUGUCAAGAACUUUUGGACUUUCUUGACAUCCUUCGGAGAGAAGGAGGAAUGGAAGAAGCUCGAGGAUUCGUUCCACAACGUCCUGGAGCACUCACGCAAGGACCCCGAAUUUGAAGACCUUCUUAUUGAUGUUGGCAACUCUCUGCAGAAGCUCCUUACCGAUCCCGACUUUUUCGAACAUGUGGACGAGAAGUUCCAGGAGCUCCGUGAGAAGGCCAAGGGUGUCGGCACUGAGUCUUCACUCCGUACGGAUAUUGAUCAGUUCUUCGAGCAAGCUCAGACUACUUUGACGACUGUCACGCAAGACCAAGACAUCGCCAAGUUGAUGAAAACAACUUUGAAAAUCUGGGAUAUCUUGUCUCCUCGCAACUCAUACGCGAACAGCGAACUCAUUCAGGAUGCAAUCAAUGUCUUCGUGCCUCUUGGUAUCCAGGCUAUCCAAUACAUCCCCAUUCCCCGUUUGGAAGUAUCUACACCGGAACUCGACCUGCUCUUGGAAAACCUGAUAGUCGAACCUGGAAAGACAGUCAAUCACACCUCCUUUCUCCCGUUCCGCUUCAAGGUUGAAACCUACAACGACUUCGAGCUCCGCAAAGCCCGCUUCCGCGUCGCUUCAAAAGUCAACUCGCGCUUCACCAUCAAAAUCGACGGUCUCUCCUUCCGUGCCGACGAAGUUGGGUUCCUUAUGCGCGCCCACAAAGGUCUCCUACGUUUUGCCGACGAGGGUAUCACAUCCUUCCAGCUCGACGAGCGCGGUAUCGACAUCCACCUCGACGUCGAAGUCGCAAAGGAGCGCAUGGAGCAGAUUCUCACUCUCCGCGACGUCCGUGUCCACAUUCACAAGCUCAACUACACUUUGCGCAAAUCAAAGUUCAGCAUCUUCGGCUGGCUAUUCCGACCCUUGGUUCGCCCCAUCGUCCGCAAGGUCAUGGAGAGGCAGAUGGCAAAGGGUAUUGCGGAUGGCAUCCAUGCUGCCAAUCGCGAAUUGCUAUUCGCGAGGGAGAGGUUGAGGGCGACGAGAAUCUCGGAUCCAAACGAUGUCAAGACGUUCUUCAAGGCAGUGCUUACGAGGUUGACGCCCGAGGAAGAUCCGGAUCUGUACACGAGGGUUGGCGUUGCGGAACCUGGGAAGGGUGUGUUCAAGGGAAAAUAUGCGCCUGGUAGCGUUGUCAAGCUGUGGGAAGAGGAGGGCAGGAGGGCACCGGAGAGGAUCGAUGAUUGGGAUGAGGGUGGCUGGAGGAACGAUGUCUUCGACUUGCAUGCCAUGGCCCUUUCAUAG